AAUCAUUCAAACCGAUAUAUCAUAGAUAAGGCGUUAUUUUCUCGUUUUAAAGGUUGUUUUGUCUAUUUAUUUACAAAACAAGUAAUUAAAAUACUUUUCAUUUUAAGUAUUCAAAAUGACAGCGGAUGCACAACAGCCACAGUCCAUCGGCAACACAAAUAGGAAAAUUUCAAUCUGUGUUGGUUGCGGCUCACAGAUACACGACCAGUUUAUCUUGAAAGUGGCACCGGAUUUAGAGUGGCAUGCAUCGUGCCUAAAAUGUGUGGACUGUAGUCAGUAUUUGGAUGAAAGCUGUACUUGUUUUGUAAGAGACGGGAAAACAUACUGUCGUAAAGACUACGCAAGGUUAUUUGGUGCCAAAUGUUCUAAAUGCCACAAAGCUUGUAGUAGAAAUGACUUCGUUAUGAGAGCAAAGGAUAAUCUUUAUCAUAUAGACUGUUUUCAUUGUGUUGCUUGCCGUCGCCAGCUUAUUCCUGGGGAUGAAUUUGCACUCAAAGACAACGAAUUGUUUUGUAAAGAAGACCAUGAAGUUAGUGAUAUUGAUAUGAACCCGGCAUUAGAAGUUGAAGACAUCAAAAUAGAAGCGGAGGAACACACAGUGAAAACCAAUGAAAAUGCAAAAGAAAAAAGAGAAAACGGUUUACAUAAAAAUAAAGGAAAUAAAGAUAAAAGCAAAAAUGGUGAAUCUCGACGAAAAUCAGAUCAAAAGCCGACACGUGGACGGACUGUACUCAAUGAAAAACAGCUUCACACUUUAUGCACCUGGUAUAAUGCAAAUCCUCGACCAGAUGCUUUAAUGAAAGAACAACUUGUUGAAAUGACAAAUUUGAGUCCUCGUGUGAUCCGAGUUUGGUUCCAAAACAAACGCUGUAAGGACAACAAACGGAGCAUUCUGUCAAAACAACAACAACAACAACAACAGCAACAACAAGAAAAGAAUGCAAGAUUUUGUGGGCCCUUACAAGGAAUACCAAUGGUGGCGUCAAGUCCGGUCAAACAUGAGAAUCAUAUACCAAUGAACCCAAUAGAAGUGCAGAGUUAUCAACAGAAAUGGCAGCCAUUUAAUACAUACAGAAUCAAAAAUCAGAUGGAUGAGCCUCCUCUUCAACAACUGAUGAAUUCUUUUGACAAUAUGGAAUCUGACAAUUCCUCAUCGUUUCAUCCUAAUGGAACAGGAUACAGCGACGGAUAUGUGUGGAACCAUCCUGAUUAUGACAGCAAUACGCAGUUUUCUGAUUCUGACUAUAACCACGAAUCCAGAAUGUCGUCCAGUCCAUAUGGCCGGGAAUACAGCAUCGAAUCGAGAAUGUCAUCUAGUCCAUUAAGUCAAUGAUUUUGUGUGCCUUGAAUGUACCUACUGGGUGGUAGGAUGGAUUCAGAGACAGAGCUGUAUGGCUGAACUUCGAUUGAUACUUCUUGUUGGUUAUGAUUAUAUGGCAAAAUGGUGGAAACAAUUGGUACUUAAGGAAG